CACCUUCUCCCAUGAUCGUCCCCUCUUCCUAAGGCUUAUACCAGUUUCUCUUGCCUGGGGAUAAUUUGAUCUUAGGCCACUCACAGUCUCAUACCUGUUGACAGUCCAUAAUGGCUCUCAGCGACUGGCAAACUUCUGUUUAUGACCUAAUACGCGUUGCGGACGAGGAUGGUGGUGAUUCGGACAAUACAGCUUCUUUUAUUGGAAUUAUCGUUGCAAUCUCUGGAAAUGUUCUCAUUGCACUAGCUCUCAAUUGCCAAAAACUUGCACAUAGGAGGCUUGAGCGCGAACGACGCGCACAUGCUCUCAACGGAAUCGGAUCACAACAGUCACUCGGAGGCCGAGGGAAUGGCUUCACGGACAGAAGACCGAGAGCGAAUACCAGAAUGGUUUCGGACAUAGUAGAAGUGAAUACUGAUGAAGAGGAUGACGAUGAACGAACGCGUGUAGACGGAUCUUCGCAACACCACAGCCCGAACAGCGACGAUGAAAGUGACUAUGGAGUGGCAGUCCCAUUCCCUACUUCCGGGUCAGGACUCGAAACACCGUCUUCUGCACGUCGGGGCCAUUCGUUCCGCACAGGAGCACACGCUUUACAGCUCGAGACGGAACCCCUGCUAGGCGGCGCAAGUCGAACGUCCACGCCCAACGGUUCUAUGCGUGGUGGAUAUUUGCGAGAGGUAGGGAGUCGCGGUACCUCGUCUGAGGCGGACCGAGGCUCGUGGCGUGAGAGGGCUGCUCGGACACGGAGCGCACCGCACCUCCUUACUCGAAUAUUUUCGUCUGGUGCGAAGGGGAAGAAGAAAGCAAACUGUGCCGACCCGGAAGCAUUAGCUGUGCCUGUGGAAGGAGGUGGACACUCAACACCGUCAGGAGCGUGUUCCUCGUCAAAAGUGAAAUUCGCUGAAGCCGAAAUGCAUGAAGAGAAUGAAGCUGACUACCUGAAAUCGAAGUUGUGGUGGUUAGGACUAAUUCUUAUGGCCGUAGGGGAGUCGGGCAACUUCAUUUCAUACGGGUUUGCACCUGCAUCUAUUGUGGCACCCUUGGGCACUUUUGCUCUUAUAGCAAACUGCUUCUUUGCGCCGCUUAUGCUGAAGGAGCGGUUCCGGAAGCGCGACGUUUUAGGUAUUUUGCUUGCUAUUGCCGGAGCUAUCACGGUCGUUUUGUCGGCGAGCUCGUCUGAUAGACGCCUCAGUCCGGAGGGCCUGAUUGAGGCCAUUACGCAGCAGGCAUUCAUUAUCUUGGCCGCCUUGUAUGCGGGAGGUAUCGCUCUACUGGUGAGCCUGAGUUCACGGCGGAUUGGCCGAACGCAUUUCUGGGUCGACCUUGGUGCUUGUGCAUUGUUUGGAGGAUUUACGGUGCUGUCGACGAAAGCUAUUAGCUCAUUGCUCACAAAGGAGUGGGUUGCGAUAUUUAAGGAAUGGAUAACGUAUCCCGUAUUAGCUGUGCUUAUUGGGACCGGAAUUGGACAGAUAAGAUACCUGAACCGAGCGCUGAUGAAAUUUGACUCCAAGGUCGUCAUCCCUGCGCAAUUUGUGUUUUUCAACAUCUCCGCAAUCGUUGGCUCGGCGGUUCUGUACGGUGAUUUCCGGAAGGCAACGCUUCACCAGAUGGUGACGUUCUUGUACGGGUGCGGGGCCACAUUCGCGGGUGUGUUCAUGCUGACGUGGGGCACUGCGGAGCGCAAGGAGAGUGCGCGCUCAGAAGAGGAGGGCCAGGCAGAACGGACAGGUCUACCACAGCUUGUGGUGCAGCCGAACUCGCCGCCACGGCCGACACAGCUCGUGCGGGCAAAGACGAGCUCAAUAACACUGUCGCCUGCGCAAAGAGCGCUGCUUGUACGGACGCUGUCUGAGGAGCAGGAGGAAUCGGACAAUAGCUAGCAGUAAUAUUAGAGAAAAUUGAGCGUAAUAGUC